AUGACGACCAUGUAUCAGGCCAAUCAAGGAGCAGCACAUCAGAAUGACCCCGUCAUAUUGGUUGCUGGGUGCAAGGAGCAGGGGGUCCACAAAGGUUCCCCAAUCCCGCCACUGUCGCCCUGCAGACGGCACGUCCUCCGUCUCAAGGCGGGCAGCAUGGUGGAGGCGCAAGUCAAGCAGGAGGAGGUGGACGCGGAGCUAAAGCCCGUCUGGGCCAAACAGGAGCAGGAGGAGGCAGCCAGGGUGGAAGUGAAGGUGGAGGACACGGAUGUGCCACUGGAUCAUCUGAAGGAGGACCAGGAGGAUCAGGAGGACCGCCCAGCACUUACACAUCUGCCCCUGGGGCCCAGGGGGGGGCUCCCAGUCAGAGUGAAAAGCGAACCCCCCCAGAAAGAGAAGACAGGAGGGGGCCAGGAGGAUGAGAAGCCCACCCUGCACCAUGACUUUCUUAAGCAGGACCCUUCGGAGCAUGUCUGUGCUGUGCUUCUGGCUGGAGCGGAGCAGUCAGAAACAGCGCCGGCCUCGGAUUUGCAAGUCACACCGCCACUAGACUCUGCCAUCAUCGGGGGAGACAGCAAGCCGGCAACCUCCCUGCCCUACACAUGCGGCGACUGCGGCAAAGCCUUCAACCGUAAGGCCUACUUGCGCAGGCACCAGCGGCUGCACUCGGGCCGCACGGCGUACCGCUGCAGCCAGUGCCACAAGAGCUGCAAAGAUGCAGCAGCGCUGCGCAUCCACUGGCGCACGCACACCAAGGAGACGCCCUACCAGUGUGUGCAGUGCGGAAAGAGCUUCACGCAGCUGGGCAGCUUGAAGGCGCACCACCGCGUGCACACUGGAGAGUGCCCCUUCUGCUGCGCCACCUGCGGUCGCAGCUUCAACCAGCUGGGCAACCUGCGCCGGCACCGCCGCAUCCACUCUGGUGAGCGGCCCUACGUCUGCCGGGACUGCGGCAGAAGCUUCCGGGGUCUGCGGCAGCUGGAGACGCACCAGCGCAUCCACUCGGGGGAGACGCCGUAUGCGUGUCCCACCUGUGGGCGGAGCUUCAGACAGGCAAGCGGCCUGGCGAGACACCGGCACCGGCACUCGCAGGAGGCGCCCUAUCGCUGCACCGACUGCGGACGCAGCUUCCGCAGCUCAGGGGGCCUACGCAAGCACCAGCGGGUCCACUCGGGCGAGACACCGUACCACUGUAGCGAGUGUGGCAAGAGCUUCCGGCGGCUGCGCUCGUUGACGCUGCACGGGCGCGUGCACAGCGGGGAGCGACCCUACACAUGCACGCAGCCUCAGUGUGGCAAGGGCUUCAAGCAGCUGGAACAGCUGAAGGUGCACCUGCGCACACACACCAAGGAGACGCCAUACCACUGCGCGGAGUGCGGCCGCAGCUUCAGCCAGCCGGGGAGCCUGCGGGCACAUCAGCGCACGCACAGCGGGGACCGGCCGCACCGCUGCACCGAGCCCAGCUGCACACGCGGCUUCAGGCAGCCAGAGCAGCUGUCCGCACACCUGCGAGUGCACCAGAGGGAACAGUCUGCCAGUGCGGGGCACGAUGACCCACCUCACUCGGGCAAUGAACAGCCCCUCACACAGGACUAAACCUCAUUAGCGAAAGCACCGUGUAUCCAGGGAAUGUGCAUGCAGUACUCACACUGGCCACCUGGGGUCAGCAUGUUCUAUGUUUUUUCAAAUCGGAAUAUUAUUUCCACUGUCGCCGUUUGCGUUUAGUGGCAGAAUGGCAAAUGGCACAGAGAUAUUAAUCGGGGAUGUUCCCGUGAACUGGGCACACUUCAA